GCCAAAAGCUCCUUACUGCAGAGAAACCUCUUACCAGUCACUUUCCACAAAUGGUACAAGCAAAGGGUCUUAAUGAAAAUCCCUCAGUAGUAUUUAAUGCUAACUCCGGCAGCCGAACCUGGUCACAGUUCCUGUGGAGAUAAGAAAGGGAACAACAAGGCAGAGAGGGGAGAAGUCAUUGGUCCUGUGACCUCUGUGUCUGCAGUCAGAGUUUAGCCAAGUCUCCGAGGCAGCCAUGUGUGACAUGGGAGGACUAGAUAAUCUAAUAGCUAACACAGCUUACUUGCAGGCCAGAAAAAGUAGCGAAGGAGAUCUGAGAGAGUUACAGAAGAGGCGUAAGAGUCUGUCGCUACCUCCCAAAGACUCUUGUCGCAACGAAAUUAAAGACUCUAUUCCCUUGGACUAUCAAAGUAUCUGCGUAGAGCAGCCGAUUGGCCGGAGACUGUUCAGAGACUACCUAGCUACAGUGCCGGAGUACCUGCUGGCUCAGACUUUUCUGGAAGAAAUCACAGACUGGGAACUGGAGGAGGACUCCGCCAAGGAUCAAUUGUUACAGAGCUUGGUUAGCAAAAGGUUCAAAGAUGAUGCUGAGGGUCCGUUGCCUUUCUUGAGUGCAGAUAUUACAAAAAAAAUCAAGCAGGCACAGCUCAGCGAGCUCCCACCAUUGCUCCAGCUUUCUAAGGAGGAGGUAAAUAACUACCUGAAGGAGGCACCAUUCCAGGACUUCCAGAACAGCAUCUGCUACGACCGAUUCCUCCAGUGGAAAGCCUUUGAGAGACAACCAAUCACACACAAGUACUUUUAUGAAUUCCGGGUGCUGGGGAAAGGUGGCUUUGGAGAGGUAUGUGCCAUCCAAGUCAAGAACACAGGACAGAUGUAUGCAUGUAAAAAAUUGGACAAGAAGCGUCUAAAGAAAAAGAAUGGGGAGAAGAUGGCUUUGUUGGAAAAGGAGAUCCUAGAGAAAGUUCACAGCCCCUUCAUUGUCUCUCUGGCCUACGCUUAUGAAAGUAAAAGCCACCUGUGCCUAGUGAUGACCCUUAUGAAUGGAGGAGACCUCAAGUUUCAUAUCUAUAACAUUGGAGAAAAAGGUCUGGAGAUAAAACGAGUGAUCUUUUACUCCGCUCAGAUCUGCUGCGGGCUUUUGCACCUUCAUUCUCUUAAUAUCCUCUACAGAGACAUGAAGCCUGAAAAUGUUCUUCUGGAUGACAAUGGCAACUGUCGGCUUUCUGAUUUAGGACUUGCGGUCAUAGUAAAGGAAGGAAAACUCAUCAGCAACAGGGCUGGUACUAAUGGCUACAUGGCACCCGAGAUCCUCAAGGAUGAGAGUUACUCAUAUCCAGUUGACUGGUUUGCAAUGGGCUGCACUAUAUAUGAAAUGAUCGCAGGCCAUACGCCAUUUAGAGAUCCAAAGGAUAAAAAUAAGGAUGACCUGAAACGCAGAACAUUGGAGGAGGAGGUUGUAUUCAACCAUCCAAACUUUACCACAGAGGCAAAGGAUAUAUGUAAAUCAUUGCUCGCCAAGAAGCCCGGGGAGCGACUUGGCAGCAGAUCCAAUGAUGAUGACCCAAGAAAACAUACUUUCUUUAAAUCUGUAAACUUCCAAAGGCUGGAAGCCGGAAUGGUUGACCCGCCAUUUGUACCAGACCCAUCUGUGGUCUAUGCCAAGGACAUUGCAGACAUAGCUGAUUUCUCUGAGGUCAAAGGGAUUGACUUUGAUGAGAAAGAUGCCAAAUUCUUCAAGAAGUUUGCUACUGGCGCAGUACCAAUCAGCUGGCAGCAGGAGAUCAUUGACACUGGACUAUUUGAUGAGCUCAAUGACCCAAGAAGGGAGAGCUCUGGGAGAUACAUGAGUAACGGAGAGAGGAAGUCAGGAGUAUGUACUAUAAUAUAGUUGGCACUCACUGUAUAUUAGCGACAAAAUUGGGACAUAUUCUCUAAGCAGAUUCCGACUACUGAGCGUUUAAUGCUUACAAAACUACUGUACAUUCCAUCCAUGUCCUUGAAAUCUGGCUUUUUACACAAUAUGACCCCAUGUGACACAGGUAGUUUAUUACCAAGGUAUCCGUAACCUUGAGUAUCUAUGUUUUGGCAAUCUUUUACAAUAAUCUCUUGUCUCUCGGUGUAUUACUUCAUUGUAACUUGUUACACAACAGACUGCACAUUUAUAAACUCACAACAAGAGUUUGUUUUUUAUUAAAAGAAGGAAG